AUUGCAACAGGGAAACUCAUUGAUUCUGCUUACCCUCCUCCCUCGCGGCCUUAUGAACAACACCUUAACAUCACGUUUUACUUAAACAGGAGGAUGAAGUUUCUAUUUGUGCUAUCGCUGAUGCUGUGUUACAGUUCAGCUCAGAGUGCUGAUUCAAGUGAGUAUAUCGAACAGUCCAACCUAUGUGCAUGAGUGACUACCUUUCGUAGUUAAGCGACCAUCUAACCAAAAAACCAAAACUUUCCCAGUGAAAGCCCUACAGUUGGAACCUCUAGUAAACCACCACCUCCUUUAAGCGACUGCGACCACUAUUUGGGUCUGACGGACGGUUUAAUGAUUUCCAUUGGUUUUAACCUCUUGUAAGCGACCACUUCAUGGUCUUUCAAGCAUUGUCUGAUCUCUAUUUUGGCAGUGUGAACUAUGCUAAUAGGAAUAUACGGAGAACUUUAGCAAAACAAGCUGUGUUCGGACAUCUCCUUAAAGCGGCCAUUGAGUCUGCAUUUUUGUGCUCUCUUAUGGGGGUUCGCAUGCAUUUUUAUCGCGCAGAAUAUGUGACCCCUAUUUUUCUCCUAUCCGUCCACCCAAUCAGUUGACAUGGAGAAAACAGACACUAGUGUUUAACUACCAAACAUCUGGCGACUUUUCUUCUUUAAGUUUUUUUGUGGCAGUUUUCGUUAUCCACCUAUCGUGUUUAAAAACUCAAUCACCCUAGGUCAGAUUUGAUUUCAGGUAAAUAUCCUGUAAGUUUGCGACAUUGCAUUUUUAAACCAGUGGCAAAAUAGUGGGAUUUAGGAAAUUCGUUUUAAUUGGUAGAAAAAAGAACAUGGAGGGCGACACCUCAAAGUUCUCUAUUGAUUAAGAGAACACAAGUUGACGUGUAGAAUAUACAAUCUGAUUUUGUAGGAUGUGGUUCUGUGGUAAACAACAGCUUGACAAGUCCUGGAUUUCCAAGAAAAUAUCCAAAUAACAUGCACUGUGUGUACAACGUUUCCAUUCCAUCAGGAAAGGCACUGAAGAUCAAUUUUUCAACUUUUGAACUGGAAUUACAUCCUCAAUGCGGGUAAGUAAUUUUUUUUGACAAUAGAGAGAUUUAGAGUCACGUUAACUGUAAACGGCAAACGUGAGAUUCAAGUUGAGAGUAUCUCAAAUAAAAAAUAGCAGGUAAAAACAGCUCAAAGCAAUUCUUAUGGAUAAAACUGGCGUGAAACAAUUUAUUUAACUUCUUUGCAGAAGUAAUGAACAGUAAACGUCAAGAAAAAAGAAAACUUGGUCACGUGGUACAGAUUCACUUUUGCCAUUUAAAGUUAACGUGACAGAUGACAAACAAUUGAAAACCACUUAAGGUGACUCGACCCAGUUUUUUUGGGGGGGUACCAUCCUACUUUGAAGCUCUCUGGUAUCCCCACCUUUACUUUUAUCGUAAGUCUAACACAUAGAAUGGAUAACAUAUAGAUCAAUCUACAAUAUAACAUACAAUUUUUGGCGAUCGGAGUAAAUGUCACGUGGUUAUAAUGCCACGCCCCUUUGAGGUCUGAGUCGAAAAUCGGCUGUUGCCGGCAUUUUUUUGUGAAAAUCUCUCGGCUACACAUAGUGCGCAUUAGUGCCUUGCGCUGAACAGAGUUUCACCAAAAUCGCAAAGACCCAAUUCGAGAAAUUCAGCGGUUUCCAAAUUUAGGUCAUAAUUUAUGCGAAAAUGAUAAGCAAACUUUACACGGAUUAUAUAUAAUAAACUAUGAGAUUAAUCUCCUUAUUUUGGGCAUCGUUAUAACAGAUGAGUCCUUGCAAGUCAGCAAAACGCUUUAGGGCCUUGUAAAUGCGCGCGAUUUCGAGCAAAGCAAACAUAUAGAAAUUAUAGUUUUCGCUAUUUGUUGACGUUUGUCAGCGUUUGAGAGUCCUUCUCACGAAAAAAGCAUUUUCUUAAAAAUUCGUAGUUUUUUUCCUUCAAUUUUUGUCAGGGCCACAAUUGAUUAACUAACUACCCGGACUCUGAAUUUCAUGGUCAUUGAAAAACUGUGACAUUAUCUUCUAUAAGCUCAAACUUGAGUAAACAUUGAAUAUUUUUAGCGUUUUGGCUGAGUUUGUGCUUUGGGAGUUGUCUAUUGUUUCUAGUCUGUCAUUAUACAGCAUUCUUGUUCAGCACGCGUGCAAUGACCGCGCUUGGCUGACUUCCGAGAUAGGCCAUCGCGUGAUACAUAGAGGUUUAACUAACAAUUUUUCAUCAAUUCUCGUGCUUCUUGUGUCUUUGCAAAAAAAUCAAGAAGUGCUACACACUAAGUCUACUUACUAUUACAAAAAUAUCAUUUUUCCAUAGGUUUAAUGCAAGCCAAUAAUUAAACCAACUCGUGACGGGAAUAUCUCAGUGAGCAUUCGGAAGUCAGCCAAGCGUAGUCAUUGCACGCGUGCUGAACAAGAAUGCUGUAUAAUGACAGACUAGAAACAGUAGACAACUCCCAAAGCACAAACUCAGCCAAAACGCUAAAAAUCUUCAAUGUUUACUCAAGUUUGAGCUUAUAGAAGAUAAUGUCACAGUUUUUCAAUGACCAUGAAAUUCAGAGUCCGGGUAGUUAGUUAAUCAAUUGUGGCCCUGAAAAAAUUUGAAGGAAAAAAAAACUACGAAUUUUUAAGAAAAUGCUUUUUUCGUGAGAAGGACUCUCAAACGCUGACAAACGUCAACAAAUAGCGAAAACUAUAAUUUCUAUAUUUGCUUUGCUCGAAAUCGCGCGCAUUUACAAGGCCCUAAAGCGUUUUGCUGACUUGCAAGGACCCAUCUGUUAUAACGAUGCCCAAAAUAAAGGGAUGAAUCUCUUGGUUUAUUAGAUAUAAUCCGUGUAAAGUUUGCUUAUCAUUUUCGCAUAAAUUAUGACCUAAAUUUGGAAACCGCUGAAUUUCUCGAAUUGGGUCUUUGCGAUUUUGGUGAAACUCUGUUCAGCGCAAGGCACUAAUGCGCACUAUGUGUAGCCGAGAGAUUUUCACAAAAAAAUGCCGGCAACAGCCGAUUUUCGACUCAGACCUCAAAGGGGCGUGGCAUUAUAACCACGUGACAUUUACUCCGAUCGCCAAAAAUUUUAUGUUAUAUUGCAGAUUGAUCUAUAUGUUAUCCAUUCUAGGUGUUAGACUUACGAUAAAAGUAAAGGUGGGGAUACCAGAGAGCUUCAAAGUAGGAUGGUACCCCCCCAAAAAAAACUGGGUCGAGUCACCUUAACUGACUCGGCUUUGGUAACAGUAGAUUAGGAACUUGAGUUAAAGUGAUACUUAUUACUCUAAAACUUAACAUUUUUGUUGGCAAAAACAUACCCACAAAUUCCGAAGUUCGACUUGUACGCUGCAAGUUUGCGGAUCUGUGAUAUUACGCCUAGAAAUAGGGCAAAAUCAGGCUUCUAAAAACCCAGGCUGACAGGUAAGUAUAUUCCCCCGGGAAAAACACCGGCCAUUGAGAAUAGCCCUCUCAUUUUAAGAUAAAGAUAGACCUGUCUUUAGAAACUGAUCAUGAUAACACCAAUAAGGAUGUAAAACACACUGAUACUCUUAAAAUUCUUAAAAGAAUUAAAGAGUGUCUGCCAGUAAAUUAGCGGUCUGGUCUAUACGGCGUGAAAUUUCUUGUGCGUUGAAAGACUUUCAUGUACCUGCACUUAACGGCCCCAAUCCACUAGAUCAGUGUAUUUUUUAAACACUCCAGUUUUGAGACAAUUUUGGUUCACCCCAUCCAACGCUCGCGUUGCGCGGCUUAAUUCAAGGCUGAAAAUCAACAAAACUUUGAAUGUUGAUUUGGAAAGAAAUAGUAAUUAUUAGAUAAAAGAAAUAACACAAAAAGCCAUCAUAAUUCCUUUGACAUAACACAAUAACAUUAAGCACAAUUUAACAAUUUAUGCCAACAUUAAGCACAAUUUAAAGCCAUAGCAAGAUUUUAACGAUCCCCUUCCCGCACUGAUAGAUCAAGUGGAGCCAAACCACCCCCCAAAUGGGGUCCCAAAUGUGUCAUUUGCUCUCGGAUAAAAAAUUGAAGUAGAGUAACAUAUAUAGAAACCAUGAUAUUUUGUGAAAGAUUACUUCCGAAAAAAAUAUAAUUUCUACGAUUUCUUCGAUGCUUUCUUCUCCUAAAAUACUGCCUACAGUGCAUUCAUUAGUCAUUGACCAGGUGACAGCUUUUACUUCAUCAGUAUGGUAUUUCUGUUGUUUCGGCGCAGACGGCUCUCUCUCGAAAUGUUCCUAGCGGCAGAGAGCGAUGGGAGUCGGCUGUUUCGCAGCCUAAUGAACAAAAUUCAAACUAUUAUUUACAAAAUCGAAUGUUCGUUGCUGGUGCUCGUAGAUAGUGGGCUCAAAAGGUGUAGAGACGUCUCACUGGCUAAACUGAGAUCUGACCAAUGAUAUGGUUUUCGUUCUGGAAAAUGCCAUAGCUUUUUUAAAACCAAAAUUAAGAUUUCACGCCUCAAUGCUUUUACGUGAGUUGAGAUGAGUGAAAUCCCUUUCACAGGCCUUUGUCAUCUGUAAGUAGGUCGAAACAAUAGAACAUAAAAGCCUCUUGUUUAACGUUAAUUGGCAUUCGUAGACGGCGGCAAUUCAACUGCUCGGGAGUGACUCAAGUGCAACAUAAAAUGAAAGAAUUUGAUCGGCGGCUUGAUAUUCCGCAGAAACGUUUGGAGCUUCCUUAACUCCACCAUAAAGCACGACUCCCAAUUAGUUGAGGCAGGAGAACAUAAAAGGCUUUUAUGUUAUCUUGGCGGUUAAGGUUAUUUCUAAGAAUUUAACUGCCCUUAAUAAAAAACAUAUUUUUUCCCUUCUAGGUAUGAUUAUUUGAGGAUUGUAGAUGAUCACAAAAGAGCACUUGGUACAUAUUGUGGGACCGAACUUAGUGCGAAGGUAGUUUUGGUAACUGGAAACUACGCAUUAAUAACAUUCCACUCUGACGGUUCUCAACAAUACCUGGGAUUCCAGCUCACGAUAUUAUUUAGUGAAAAUCAAAAUGGUAUGUUCAAAUAA